AUGAACACGGAGAAGCUGAAAAAACUGCAGUCACAGGUGCGCAUCGGCGGUAAGGGUACUCCUAGGCGCAAGAAGAAGGUUGUCCAUGCGACGGCCGCGACAGAUGACAAAAAGUUACAGUCAUCAUUGAAGAAGUUAUCAGUCAAUACAAUUCCUGGCAUCGAAGAAGUUAAUAUGAUCAAAGAUGAUGGAACGGUAAUUCAUUUCAAUAACCCUAAAGCACAGGCAUCGCUCGCGGCGAAUACCUUUGCUAUUACUGGUCAUGGUGAAAACAAGCAAAUUGCGGAGAUGCUGCCCGGUAUCCUCAGCCAGCUAGGCCCUGAAGGGCUCACCCAGCUUAAAAGGAUAGCAUCAAGUGUGGCUGCUCCAAAGCCUAUUGACGAAGACGACGAAGUACCUAACCUAGUCGGUAACUUUGACGAGGCUUCAAAGCAAGAAGCAAAGGAAGUCAUUACUGAAGAAAAGGAAAAAGAGAAAGAGGAAAAGAAACCUGAGGCCGAAACCAAAGUCUCCGACAAGAAGACAGAUUAG